UGAUAAUUUAUUGUUUAACAUAGUUAUAGUGCUUUUUACCGUUUUUAACAGCAAUUUUUUAAUAACUAAUAAAUUAGUGCAAUACUCUACAAAAUGUCAAUAGAAAAUACCGAUACAAAUAUUAUAAGAAAGAAAUUUGAAGAUGAACUUGAAUAUAUUGAAGCUAAGCUUAAAUCAAUUAGUGCAAAAGUUUUAACAACUGACUUUAAAGCUGACAAUAAUAAUACUGAAAAACCUAAAGAACUAUUAAGUGACAACUUACAACCGACUGUAGCCGAUGGAAUCAAACAAAUAACUGCAGAAUCGUGUGAUCCGAUUAAUUAUGAAUGCAGCGUUAACAGUGAAAAAAUCGACGGGCCAACUACGAUUCCCGCCGUACCGACCGGUCCUAUGAUCGAUUUCACGGAAUACCUGCGCGGUCCAUUAUGCAACACCACCGUGGACAAGGAGGCGGUUAAAGAGGACUUUGUCAACGCCUCGAUGUUGAUAGCCCAAGCGAAGAAGAUGGCGAAAGAGACAGAUUUAUAUUUGAAAAACCUCAACGACGUGAUCCUGCCGAGGUGUCGAUCGGCAGACGUUACCAGCGAUUUAAUUAAAAAACGCAAUAAUGUGGAUGUAAAAAAUUCAAAGCCACUUCGCUCUUACAUCAUAAAACAAAAUCAAAAGAACAACGAACCCAAAAAUGGAUUACAAUUGUCAAUGAAACCUAUAUCUGCGUUUCUCGACAAACGUGAACAUGUCGAACAGAACAAUACUCGUCCAAAAUCAAAGAACAACAUUAUUAAUUUAGGUGUUGUUACUAGUAAUAUAACAUCAUCAAAAGACACAAAAUCGUCCUCCAAGGAAGAUACAGCGAAUAAUGUGGCUGUAGUGAGUUGUACGGCUAAGAAAUCUGACGAUCAAGAAAAGCACAAUCAUAAAAUUAAAAAUCUGUGCAUUCAACGAAUUCCUAACAUUAGUCUUAAACCAGACUUGGUUACACAGAAAUUAACUAAAGUACAAAUCAAGCCAGAAAAAAAACAAAACUUAAAGAAUAGUAAUUCAAAUACGGCUUAUCGCGAAUUUACAUUUGAUUUCGAACCAGAAACUUGUACGUGUCAUUUAUCGAGCCAAUCUAGACCAACCAGAGAUGAAACAACUGCUUGUGAAGAAAUACAGUGUAUCCUGUGCACAAUUUUGGAAAAUGAUUUAUCGAAUGAUGUUUUAAGUAAUCAAUUAGACAAUAUACUACAAUACUUGCAGAAAAAAUUGGAUGGAACAACCCAUUCAGAGGAGACUAGUUUGAAAGACCUAGAUAGGUUGAUUAAAGAACAUGCUACGACAGGCCUAACCAACAGUGUCAUACAACAGCGGUUACUAGAAAUAGCUGAACAUUUUUUUGAGAAUAAUAUUCAAGAUGAUGCUUUUGACCAAAUAUCUGAAGAAAUAGAAAAAGGGUCCAACCUAGUACUAGACAGAUUGAAUAAAAUCAAAAACUCUUUAUUGGCCAGGAAUCCAUCAACAGAACUUCCCGAAGUACAAUCUUGUACACAAAAUAACUCAAACAAUGUCAAUCAAUGUUACAAUAAUCCGAAUCAUCACAAUAAUUACACUGAAAAUAUAUUUAAGAAAAACAACUAUGUCAGUGUAAGAGAAUUUUUACAAAGAGGUUCUAACGAUUUGCCUGCGUCGAAAAUGGGACAGCUUCCAAACAGGUCAGAACUUACGACAAAUGUUUACAACAUGACUAACAUUAAUCAAGAUUCCGAUAUCCUGAACAAAAAACAUGAAAUAGAGCCAGAACAUUUUUUGAGACAGAAAACUACACAUUUUCAGCAUCUUGAUUCUUCAUCUUCUCCAAUUAAACUUUCUACAUCAUCAAGUACAUCUCUUAGCGUUAUAUAUGGAAAAAAUGAUUGUAGUGACAAUAGUAAAACCAAUUCUAUUUAUGAAGACGAUUGGGAAGAUGAUGACAGCUCACAUUCUGAAGCCAUUGCUGGUUUGAAUUCUAAUGAUUUAACUUCCAAUAAUGUGAACGAUAAAGCGUUAAUAAAAAAGAAAAAUGAACACGAGGGAUAUGAGAAUAAAAUCAAACAUCUGUCUAGGGCUAACAGUAAAAAUGAUAAUUACGAAAAUAACGAGAUUGAAGACUCGUUUUCAGGUGCAUCAUGUAUAAAUAAUUUAUUCAGCCAUUAAAAAACUCAAGCUCAACUUAUUAAUUUUCCGUGAUACCAAAAUCGAUGCUCCAAGAAAACCGUAUGCAACUCAGUUAGUUUUGGAGAAUUGAAUACUUUAGAACUGUACAACAUUAAUCCCGAUUUAUCUAUUGGCGAAAUAAAAAACUAGUUGUUACUUGUUUAUGUCAUUUUUAUACACUUAAAGUUGUAAUUUUUUUCAUUUUUUGAAUUAGUAAAUUUUUUGUAUAUUUGUACUUAAA